AUGUCUUCUAAAGACAGUGGCGGGGAUUCAAAGCUGUUUGCUCGAGGCAAAGUAGCCGAGCUGCGACUCGAGCUGAACAGCGGCGGCAAGAAGGAUAAGAAUUAUGCGAUAAAAAAAGUUGCCCUCAAGAGAAUCGUUGCGAACAUGACGAUGAGCAAUAACGAUAUGGUGGCGCUGUUUCCGGACAUAAUUGCCUGCAUGCACAUUCCCAGCUUGGAAAUCAAGAAGAUGUGCUUCUUAUACCUGGUCAACUAUGCUCGAGUACGACCGGAAAUUGCCGUCAAGGCCAUUCCGGUGCUGGAAAAUGACAUGGAAGACCAAAAUCCUUUAGUACGAGCCCUCGCACUGCGAACAAUGUCAUAUAUACACGUCAAAGAGUUUGUCGAAGCAACAGUUCCUAUCGUAAAGCAUAUGCUGCGCGACAACGAUCCAUACGUCCGCAAAACAGCAGCCUUCUGCGUUGCCAAACUUUACGACCACGACCGACAAAUGGUUGAACGCUCGGACCUUAUCGAUAGACUAAACUCUCUGCUACGUGAUGAUAAUCCUACCGUUGUUGCUAGUGCGUUGGCGGGACUGAUGGACAUCUGGGAAAGAAGUGAUGCUAUUAAGCUCACUAUUGAUUAUAGCAAUGCAUCAAAAAUGGUGGCAAUCUUGCCUGAUUGCUCAGAAUGGGGUCAAACGUACAUUCUUGAGGCGUUAAUGUCCUAUGUGCCACAGGAAACAGGCGAAGCUGCUUUGCUGGCGGAGCGCAUUGCACCACGCCUCUCACACUCAAAUUCAUCUGUUGUGUUGACAUGCAUCCGCGUUAUUCUGUACCUGUUGAAUUACAUUGCAGACCAAAAGCAAAUCACUACACUUUGCAGAAAGCUUUCGCCACCAUUAGUUACUCUUCUCGCCAAAGGCCCUGAAGUCCAGUACCUGGCGCUUAGAAAUGCCCUGUUGAUCUUACAACGACGACCCGAGGUGCUAAAGAACGAUAUCCGAGUAUUUUUCUGUAAAUACAAUGACCCAAUCUACGUCAAAGUCACGAAACUGGAACUCAUUUUCAUGCUUGCCAAUGAAAACAAUAUUGAUGAGGUGCUGACCGAGCUGCGAGAAUACGCGACGGAAAUUGACGUUCACUUUGUUCGAAAGGCCGUUCGUGCGAUAGGAAAGUUGGCUAUAAAGAUUGAACCAGCGGCUAAGCGGUGUAUUGACCUUCUAUUGGAGCUUGUCUCAACGAAAGUCACGUACAUUGUUCAGGAGGCGACAGUGGUCAUCAAGAAUAUUUUCAGGAAAUACCCCAAUCAGUACGAGUCCAUCAUCGGCACCUUGUGCGAGCAUCUCGAUUCGUUAGAUGAACCAGAGGCCAAGGCUGCAAUGGUCUGGGUUAUUGGACAGUACGCCGAUCGUAUUGAGAAUAGUGAUGCACUUCUGGAGGACUUUCUCUAUACAUUCUCAGAGGAGCCUGUUGAGGUUCAACUGGCUCUCCUGACAGCCACGGUGAAGCUAUUCAUUCAAAGACCAACCAGAGCCCAAGAACUGGUUCCGAGGGUUUUGAAAUGGGCGACUGAGGAGACAGACAACCCCGACUUACGUGAUCGAGCGUACAUGUAUUGGCGACUGUUGUCAACAGACAUGAACGCAGCGAAGCAGAUCGUCAUGGGGGACAAGCCGCCGAUCACUGCUGAAGCAGAGAGGUUAGAAGCGCCGACCUUGGAGGAAAUGUGUCUCAAUGUCGGAACCCUGGCAACCAUAUACCUCAAACCAGUCCAGACAGUCUUCCGGUCAGCGCGCCCACGGAAACUUCAAGAAUCACCUGCGUUGCAAAAGCAGAAUUUGCUGGUGGAUGCAGAUAAUCAAAAGAGCAUCAGCAUGUUUGGUCGUGGCGGGCAGCCUACAAAUAUUGACUUGAGGAGUCGUAAUGCCGCCCCUGCCAACGGGGAGGGCAACCUGUCGCAAGCAGUCAGCGAUGCAGACGCAUACUUUUCCAGUAUUGGAACGCAAAUGGCGGCGAUGACAUUAGACCAAGGCGAGGAUAUGUUUGGCGGCGGCAGCGGGAAUAUGACGGGCUAUGUUGUCAGUGCUCAUGCACCACAAGCUGUGCUGCAACCAGCGCAAGGGGCAGGGAGUAACGGCGAUUUGUUGGCGCUCUGA